GCACGUCGAAACCCGUUCGAAUAUUACACACUGCACGCUGUCCACCAAGUCAGUUUAGGAUGAGUGGUAAUAAUGAUGAAAAAGAGAAACUUUUUCAAAGCUUGCAAAGUCAGUUUAGUGAAGAUGACGAAGGAAACCAUGAAACAUCUCUGAUUCGACAAAUCUAUCUGAGUGGCUCAAAAGCAACAACAGAUGAUGAAAGUGCUUUGAUCGCCGAAUUACUUGGAGAGGAAUGCCCGUCCACAUCUGCGCAAUCUCGUGAAGACACUGAAAUAGGUCGAAAUACUAAAAUUCAGGGUGUUGAUGAAAAUAUCCUUCAGCAAUAUCUAAUGGGAAAAAUAUCUUUUGAGGAAUUUAAUGAUUACCUACACCCAGCUAAAUUGGAUAGUAGCGACGAUGAAGCCAAAUCAGAGUUAGCAGAUGAACCUGCUUCGAAAAGGAAAAAACUUGAUAAAAAGAAAUCAGAAAAGGUUCAGACACCAAUUAAAAGAUUUGGACGUUUAGAGAGAUCUAAAUUACCUCCAGCUCUUCAAGGCUUAAUGGGACAAGCAAAUUUAAAAUGCGCAUCAAACCAAUACGACGAAGCGAUAAAGAUAUGCACAGAAAUCAUUAAACAAGAACCGACUGCGAACGAACCGUACGGAACUCUACAAUAUAUAUACGAAGAGAAAGGAGAUCUGGAAAAAUGCUUGCAGUGUGGUUUGAUAAAUGCUGUUCUGACUCCCUUCAAAGAACCAGAAGAAUGGCAAAAACUGGGACGAAUGGGUUUAAAAUUGGAGAAUACUAGUCAGGCUCUAUUUUGUUUUCGAAAAGCUGCUGCCUUAGAUAAAGAUAAUAUGGAAUUAAAUUGGUUUCUAGCAUCACUUUUAUUGGAAAACGGUCAAUAUUAUCAAGCUGCUUUAACUCUUUCUACUAUGCUAAAACACGUUAAAGAUGAUGACGAAAAGUGGAAUGUUUAUAUUGCUCUUCUCGAAGCAUAUUUAAAAACUGAAAAACUGGAAAACGCUAUGAAAACAUUUCGAGCGGCUUUUGCAGAAUUUCCAUCAAAAGUUACUGAAAAAGACAUGAAUCAAGCCCUUGAAAUUUGCCUAAGAAAACAAAACUUUAAUUUAGGUAUUGAAAUAAUUAGCAAUUUCAAAGGUGUUGAUAUCAAGAAAGACGAAAAUACAAGUGAAAUUAUUGCAAUUAAUAUUCCGGAUGAAAUUCCCAUAGAAAUUCGAGCUAAAGUAUUAGUCUGUUUGUUACAGAAUACGGCUAAACCAUCUAGGGCAAUUGAGGAAAUUGUUGAACCUAUUCUAAGUCGUCCUUACGGACAUGAAACAGAAAAGAUGCAAAUUAUUGAUGCCCUAAUCACUUCGGGAUUUUACGAAAAAGCUGCUAAAAUAUUAAAACAUCUACUGGAUCACAUAAAAACAGAGUCAACUCUUUGGUCCAAAUACGGCCGCUGUUUACAAGCCACAAGUAAAGCAAAUGAGGCCUUAGACGCCUACGAAAAGUCUUUAAAAUUAAAAUCAGACGCUGAUGUUUUAUUAACUAUGUCUGCCUUAUACAAUCAACUUGGACGGCAUAAAGAAGCACUAAAAUGUCUAGAACAUGAUCAAGAAGACGCUAGAAUACUAUUACAAAGGGGACUAAUGUUGUAUGCUCAAGAAAAAUAUACUAACUUUGUCGAAUUGGCGGACAAACUUUUUUAUUCGAAAUUCGAAGUUUGCUAUAAGAAACGGAAGUUUUUAAAUGAAGUGCAUUGUCAGCGGGGUGCUAAACAUCGGCUAGAAGUUAUAAGAAAUAUUUUUAAUAGUAUUGAAAAGGAUUCUUUGAGACGUACUUUAGAAUAUUUUAAACAUAUACCAGUUGAGAAUAUGUAUGAUUUAUAUACAAAAAUGUGCCAAGCCUAUCUUAAGCUAAAAGACAAUAAGGGUCUCUUAAGAAUAUCUCAAUUAGGUAUACUCUAUCCACCGUUUGUGACUGAUAGAUCUAAAGCUGAGCAAGUCGAUUUAAUUUUGGUUAUGACUUGCUUAAAAACUAAAACAACUGACCUAAUUUUUAGAAUUCUUAGAGAGUACUGCACCACAAUGCCCCAACUUCCACAAGUAUGGAACUUUUAUGGUCAAUUAUGCAUGUACGAUUUAGAUGGAAGGCAUGCACGCUUUCUAUCUAGACUUCAAGCAAAAUCUCCAGAUUCAAAGCCUUUAAAAAUGUUACUUGGUCAUUAUUCUUUAACAAAAAGUAAUUAUCGGGAUGCUUUAAAAGAAUUUAUGGAGGUUUAUAUAUCAGAUAAGGACAAUGCAUUUGUUUGUCUAUGCAUAGGCGUUGCGCUAACAAACCUAAUGUCAGUUAGAACCGAAAAGAAAAAGAAUUGGUUAGUUGGGCAGGCUGCGGCCUUUUUCUCAAAAUAUAAGGAAAAAAGAAAGUUUGAUCAAGAAAGCUACUAUAAUUUGGGUCGUGCCAUGCAUCAAAUGGGCCUAUUGCAUUUGGCUGUUGAAAUGUAUGAGAAGGCACUGGCUUGUCCAUCAGUUGAGUCUGAGGAUUUUAACUUAAAAAAAGAAACUGCCUACAAUUUAUCAAGAAUUUAUUUAGAUAGCGGAUCUAAAAACUUAGCUAGAAUGGUUUUGAGUAAUUAUUGUGUUAUAAGGUAA